AUGACAUCUGAAGCGAAUUGGGAGAAAGUUGCUGCGGGGAAGCGCGCAGCUCUCGCGGAAUCCAUUCCGACCGAAUAUCGCAUACCGCAAGACAAGAUACCACCAGAGUCUCAACUCGACGUGACAACAUGGCCUAAGGAGUCUGGGUGGUUUACAGCAAACGAGCUUGAGAUCACUGAGAGCAGCGCAAUCCACAUUCUGGACCAGAUCGCGUCGAAAACAUGGAGCGCCGAAGAUGUCACGAUCGCGUUCUGCAAACGCGCAGCAGCAGCGCAGCAAUUGACCAAUUGCCUUAGCGAUGUGUUCUUCAAUGAAGCAGUGCAGCAAGCCAAAUCCCUCGACGACCAUCUCCAGCGAACUGGCAAGAUUGUUGGGCCACUCCAUGGUCUGCCAAUCUCUCUCAAGGACAACUUCAAUAUAAAGGGAAAAGACAGCACUGUAGGCUUCACCUCAUUAGUCAAUCAGCCGGCGGAGUACAAUGCUACGUUGGUGGAUAUACUCGAACGGCUGGGCGCAGUCCGGUAUUGCAAGACAAAUGUGCCGACAGCCAUGAUGAUCGCAGAGUCCGUUAAUAACACAUUCGGACGUACCGUUAAUCCGCUUAAUCGCAAAGUCACGUCUGGCGGCUCUUCAGGCGGAGAAUCAGCCCUCAUUGCGUUUGGAGGUAGUCCUUUAGGCGUCGGGACCGACAUAGGCGGCAGCUUGCGAAUCCCCGCAGCAUGCACCGGCAUCUUCACUCUUCGACCAUCUUUCGGUCGCUUUACAACACAGCGAUGUAGAUCUGGUCUCGCUGGCCAGGAAGCGGUACAGAGCGUCAACGGACCCAUGGGAAAGUCGCUUCAGGAUAUCACCAUGUACUCGAAGGCGAUUGUCGAUGCGGAGCCAUGGAAACUAGACCCAAAGAUGCUGCCUAUCCCGUGGCGGUCAGUUGAUGUUCCGGGGAGACUCAAGAUAGCGGUCCUUUGGAACGAUGGUGUCUGCUUGCCCACACCCCCGGUAACGCGCGCUCUCAAGGAAACGACCGAGAAGCUGAAGAAGGCUGGACAUGAAGUUCUGGAUUGGAAUCCAAGACUACACGGAACUGCGCUGGCACUUCUGGGACGAAUGUUCGUCGCCGAUGGCGGCAAAAGCGUCGAAUCAUUACUCGGGGCGACAGGCGAGCCAUUUCGACCUGAGAUGGUUCAGUACAAAGAUGCCAAAGAAUUGGGCGUAUAUGACAUGUGGAAGCUACAUUCAGAGAGAUCCGAGCUACAACGGCAGUACCUGGAACAGUGGAUGGCGAUCGAAGGGCUCGACGCCAUCUUAGCACCCACGACCCCGUACUCAAGUGUGGCGCAUGGCGAUUUCAAGUACGUCGGGUAUACUGGUGUAUAUAAUGUUGUUGACUAUGCCGCCGUAUCUUUCCCAUGCGGGGUCUCUGUCGACAAAGCAGUCGACAAACACGCGAGUGACUACAAGCCCCAGAGCGACUACUGUCAGGAUGCUUAUAACAGCUAUCAACCUGAGCUAUUACAUGGUCUCCCAGUCAGUCUACAGCUGGUCGCGCAACGGCUAGAAGAGGAAAAGGUGCUGGCUAUGACUGAGUCAGUACUCCAGGCGAUAUACUCUUAG